AUGACAUCAAAAUUUAAAACACUUAAUAAAAUUGCACUUCUUAUUACAUUAUCGAUCCUUUAUUUAUUAUUGGCUUCAGAAGCUUAUUUCGUUCCACGAUCAGAAGUAAAAGAUGGAUGCGCGAAAUUAGCCAAAAACAUUGAAUCACCUAGUUAUGAAGAUGUUAAAUCGUGUUAUGAAGGAAUCAAGUAUGAUGAUAAACGAGCAAAACCAGUGAUUGAUGUAGUAGACGGAAUUAUGUCAAAUUUUUAUAUUUUUUUCGACCAAGCUAAAGAAACACCAGAAAAUGGUUUCAGUUUUGAACCUAUAGACUUGAAAAAAGAACUAAAUUUAUUACGUCACAAACAUUAUAAGUCUGAUUUUGAAUUCAUAACGAUAAUAAGAAACUUAAUUUCACAAUUAAAAGAUGCUCAUACGCAUUUGGAUAUUAACUGUUAUAACAAAUUUUCAUUUUCUCAAUCUUUAAGCCUGUAUUCAAUCAAACAUAAUAAUCAGCAGAAAAUCAAGAUCUUGGAGGACGAUUCAGAACCAUCAAAUAAGGGUUGCGAAGUAAUAGAAAUAAAUGGUCAGAAUGCGCUAAAAGUAAUCAAAGAAUUUGCUAAUAAGACAGUCGUUGGUUCAAGAGAUCUGGGUGUCCGAUUUAAUUUAGCAUUGGCUUCGCUCACUAAACUCUUUGGUGAAUGGUCUAAUGCUGUGGAUUCCAAUCAAUUUGCAGAUAGAUCUGAUUUACCAGAAACCCCUAAUAUUGCUUAUAAAUUAUCUUGUUCUGGAAAACAACGUUCUAUAGUCAGAAAAUGGAGUGUAGUUUCCAAGUUUAUCAGUGAUUUUAAUGAUACUAAAAGCUAUUUUGAACAAAAUUGUUUACCUCAAGAAGAUAACCCAAGAGUAAGUUCAGGAGAAUCAUUUGAUUUUCGCUUGAUUGGUGACAUUGGUGUUGCUAGAAUUGGAACUUUAAGUCUUCAAGAUUUUCAACUAAUUAAUAUAAAGGAAAGUCUUCAAUCCUUAUCCAACAAUGCUAAAAAGCUUGUUAUAGAUUUAUCAAAUAAUUCAGGUGGUUUUGUUGGUUCGGCCAAUGUCAUAUGUGCACUCCUACUUCAAUCAAAUGGCUUUUUUCCUGGAGACAUAAAGAUUACAAAUAUUACUAAGCCAACAUUAAAACCUGGAGGCCUCCUCGAUAUAAGUGAUUCUCUUUCAUUCCCCUCUGGAAAAAAAUUUUCUAGUAUAAAAGAUUUCAUAGGCAACAACUUUAUCGAAAGAGGCGGUACAACUUCACGAUAUUCUAACAAAUUUACCUUUCAACUUGAUAAAACAUUAGUAGAUAUAAUUAAAAAUAAGCCAAAACUUCGGUGGACAAAAAACAAUACUAUAAUUUUAACUAAUGGAUUUUGUGGAUCUGCUUGUGCACAAGUAUCUCAAUGUUUAGCCGAGAUAGGACAAUUUCCAACUGUCGCUGUUGGUGGUCUCUAUAAUUCUUCUUUAUCAUUUUCCUCUUUUGUCGGUGGGGAAGUUCUUUCUUAUGAUAACUCUAUUAAAAUCAAUGGUAUCCCUGACUUUCCGUUAGCAGGCGAGCUUCAAUUUACUGCAGUUGAGGCGUAUAGUACUACUCUCAAAAAAAAUAAAGUUUUAGACUUCUUAUAUAGACCUGCUACACAUAGAAUUCAUUACAAUGAUCAAACUGCUAGAGAUCCUAGAAUAUUGUGGAAUGAGGCUGCUAAAUUUUUAGAUUAA